GUGUAUCCAAAAAAGAUAUGAUCACGUGGAUUGCAGCGAAGGGGUAUAAUCCAAAAAGUUUUAAUUGUAAGCCAAUACAUGCAAGAUUCUUUGUAAUAAAGUCUUAUACGGAAGACGAUGUUCACAAGUCGUUAAAGUAUGACAUUUGGGCUAGUACUGAAAUUGGUAAUCGUCGGCUGGAUAAGGCUUUUCGUGAAAGUGCAGACAAAGGCCCAAUCUACCUAUUUUUCAGCGUGAAUGCCAGUGGGCAUUUCUGUGGCAUGGCGCAAAUGCUUACCCCCGUAGAUUACACCACCAGCAGUAGUGUUUGGGCACAGGAUAAAUGGAAGGGUGUAUUUAAAGUUAAGUGGAUAUUUGUUAAAGAUAUUCCCAAUGGUCAACUAAGGCAUAUUAGAGUUGUGAACAACGAGAACAAACCUGUCACGAAUAGUCGCGAUACCCAAGAACUUUUCCCCGACCCCGGUCGCGAGAUGCUGAAGAUUUUCUUCGAAUAUCGCAGCAAAACUUCUAUACUCGAUGAUUUCGAAUUUUAUGAUAAACGCCAAGUUGAAAUGAGAAAGGAUGGUAUUGCACCACUAGUAGGACCAACCAGUCCUGGUAUCGUUACCACAAAUCCGUACGCCAAUAUUGCACCUUUAUCAGGAAAUGGUCUUAAUACGAACAUUGGAACUUUAAGUAGUAAUGGGAAUGGUAGCGUUGAUAGUCAUAAUGAUGACUCGGAUAAUAAUUAG